UCGAGCAAAUAAGAAGAAGAAGAAGAGUUCGCUGCUUUCAUCAGUUCCCGGGAACUACGUAUCGUCACUAAUGUAUUUUUGGUGAAUCGCGAUGCCUGUAGAAUCCAGAAGUCACGUUAUUCAAGAACUUUUCUCCAGAGAUAUAUUAUAUUCACGAGUUCAAGAAAGGAAAGCAUUGAAAAGUUUGUUUGCACGCAGUUUUCGUUGUUAUCAAGAGGAUGAAUAUGAUGGAAUUGCUGUGGAAUUAAAUGAAACGAAUGGACAGUCACCAUCAGAAGCUCCCAUUUAUGCUUGUAAAUUUGGUGAUGGAAAAUAUGGUCAUAUUUUGGUUUUAGCUAAUGAAGAUGGGAAAUUGGCUUUGCGUGACACAAGGGACAGGAGCAGUCAAGCAGCAGUAGAAGGACACCAUAUUCAUGGGAAUGCCAUUUAUGAGGUGUGCUGGAUACCAGGAACAUCAGAGUUUGUUUCAGCUUCUGGAGACCAGACAGCAGCCAUCUUAGCAGUUAGGGAUGAUGGAAGUCUGGAGAAGGUUCUUUCACUUGAGGGACAUUCUCGUUCAGUCAAGACUGUUCAUGUGAAUCCAUUUGAUCCAUGUGUGAUUGCAACUGGCGGGCGAGAUGGCUCUAUCAUUAUAUGGGAUAAGAGGUGCAAGCCUCAUUAUCGAGCAGAUGAUAUUGCUCCUGCCCACUACAAUCAAGUUAUGAAGACUUUUGCUUCCCCAACUGUGCGAAAAGUUCCACAGAAUGGGUCUUCAGUGAACAACAGUGUAACAGGAGUUGUGUUCCAGUUGCAGCACACACUGAUAUCCUCAGGAGCUUCAGAUGGGCUAAUAAAAAUAUGGGAUUUGCGCAAGACACAUUCAGGAGUGAAACGUGAUCCUCAGUGUCAGAAUGUACUGAUGCAUUCUGGGAAGUCAUCACAUAGAGGCUUUACUUGUAUGUCUAUCUCUCCUAGUCGUGACGUCUUGUACACUUCCUGUAUGGAUAACAUAAUUUAUGCGUAUCAUUUAGCUAAUCCUACUCAAAAACCAGUUGCUGAAUACAGUGGACAUAUCAAUUCAACAUACUUUGUCAAGUCAUGUCUCAGUCCUUGUGGUUCGUACCUUCUGAGUGGUUCCAGUGAUAACAAUGCCUACAUCUGGCUUACUGAUAAACCAGGAGAACCUAUAGCAAAACUUACUGGGCAUUUUGCUGAAGUAACCUCAGUUGGAUGGUGUCCUGUUGAUGAUGAAAAGAUUGUAACUUGUGCAGACGACAUGAAACUACGUGUGUUCCGAAGAAAAAAUGUAAACAGCGAUGACUUUGAUGAAAGAUUGAACACCCGUGGAGUGUCUGAGCCCUAUUAUUCUGAGAAAUUGGAAGAAAAGAAUGAAAGUGCCAAAAGUAAGGUAUCACCUGAACAUCCAAAUGAACAAGGAGCACAAGAUUUAGGAGAUUCCAUCCCUCCACUUCCUGUUACUCCAAGUACUUCUAAAGUAGGUGUUUCUAUCCUUGCUACACCUUCAAGUUCUCAAGUAGAGGGAGGCCUGUCUGUUAUAUCUCCUCAGACAUACACUGUUACUCCAAAGCAACAAACCCCAAGGCACCGUCAUAAGGGGAGAAGUAAGGGCACUCCACGCACACCUCAAACAGGAGAGAGGAACACAUUACUGCAGUGGCUUGCCAGUGCUAAGACACCACACUCAAAAGAAACAUCAGUUGAUCAACCAUUGACAUUAAGUGAAAGCAAGAAGGUCAACCUAAAACGUAAGUUAACAGAAUUUAUGAGUGAAGACCAGGAAAAUCUUGAAAAGGAUAACAAGAAAUCCCCAAAUUCUUCUCCCAAAAAGGUUUUAUGCUUAUCUUCAUCAGUUAAUACCCUUGAUUCUCCUCCAUCUACUGUAGCAAAGAUGUUAAAGUAUGAGGAUGACAUGGCGAGUUGCAGUAGUACUGGACACAGUGAGGAAACAAUAGAAAUGAGUGAGUGCGUUAAACCUAUAGAAGAUAGAGAUAAAGUUGCUCUAGACAGUGGUUUCAGGAAGCCUGUCACAAAUAUUGCCAAGAGAUUGUUGGAAGCUGAUGUUCUUGAUUGUAGUAAAAUCAACAGCAAGGUUUCAUCAAAAUAUGAAUCUAACAAUUCUACUCCUUCAAAGCAUUUUAAAUUUGGAAAUCUUUCAUCACCUACUGCAAAUUUACCAAAUUAUGUAUUAGAUGGGUCAUCACCGCAUAACCGACCAGAAACUCCAAGGGAAAAGAAAAGGAAUCCAGAUUGGCUAACAAGUUUUGGUCAUCAAAGAAAACUGAAGUUUUCUGCAGUACCUAAUAAACCAAUGUCAGGAAGGUUAGGGCCUCUGGUUCCCCAUCGGCGGCAGAAAAAGAUUCUUCAGAUUAGAAGAAAAAAACCAGUUGUGAAGGUGUGAAGGAAACAUUUCCUUUUGUAUUAUGAAUUUACCAAAGUUGUAGACCAACUGGUCUGGUUCAAAUUAUUAAUAGUCAUUAAUUUUAUAAUUAUUUUCAAAUGACUGUAGUAAAGUAGGGAGCAAGUGUUGAUUAUAGUUUUGAAGAUGGAUAACUAAAUCCUCACAUUGGGAAUUUAACAAUUCAUGUUUUAUCCAUCCAUACCACUUGGUCAAAAAUCGGUAUCCAUCCAUACCACUUGGUCAAUAAUCAGUAAGAAAUUUUGAUCAUUCCUCUGGUCAUUUCCAUAACGUACUUUAGGGACCUCAUUUCCAUACUUUUGUACAUAUCCAUUUUGUAAAUCUCAUCCCAGUAUAUUUCCUUUAGAUGCUUUUGCAUUUUUCAGUUUAAGCUGGUAGCACUCAUUCAUUCUUCUCAUGCACUAUCCCAUACUACAGCUUUUGAGCUUGCUUGUUUAUAAUUUUCUGCGCAUAUAUUUAUGCAAAAUACUUUAAUUGUAAUUGAUUUGGAUAUUGAAGUUAUGGUUGAAAAAUGGAUAAGUAGCAUCCUCUGCAGAGAGAGGAGAUAAUUACCUUCCUUUAUGGAGGAGAUGAUUGCAGGGCAUCCUACACUAAAAACAGGAAUCCCUCUUUUCUGAAUAACUGAAUCCUUUAAAGUUCCCAUUGAUUGUGUACUUUUUUAUAAUUAUCUUUACGUUUUAGUGUUACAGUUGUCAUUAUUAUUGUAGCAUAGAUUAUAGUUAUAAUUACAUUUGAAGAAGUAUGUGAUCUCAGUUCUUUAAUUUUAAUUAUUUAUUGGCAUUUUAUUUUUAAUAUUGUAAUUAGUUUGCAACAGCCCCUCAAAAUAUAUGUUCAAAUAGUCAGCUUUUUUCUUAAUAAAAUAUUUGAAAGUUUACAAUGUUAUAUUUUGGCUGAAAAGUGAGUGACAGUUGUAUUCAAAUUUCACAAUCUUCAUAGAACUGGCCAGGUGGUAUUUAAAGAAAAUUUUAUACAAACCUGCAGUUUUCUCUUUUUAAAAUAAAUUUCAUUUUCCCUAGACGUACAAACCUGGAUUCUCCAAACCCUCUAUAAGAGUAUUUUUCACACAGGCUGGCAUUUAUCACUACAAGACUAAUUUGGCCCUGUGCCAGAUUGCAAGAGUAGGAAAUAUUCAGAUCCUGUUUCUAGUUUAUGUAUAUGAGACGAACCUUUGUGAGUUGCAAUUAAAGACCCUGAUAAUAA